UAAUCAAUGAUUGUUUUUACCGCAAUAUCGGGCGCGAAAAAUGAAGAUCCCCUUUGUUAUCUUGUGGAAAUAGACGAUGAGGUACGGAUAAUGCUAGACUGUGGCUGGAAUGAUGCAUUCAAUGUGGAAGACCUAAAAAAUUUGAGAAGAGUUGCAAAACAAGUGGACGCACUUCUACUAUCACACCCUGAUUUACAGCAUCUAGGAGCAUAUCCAUAUGCUUAUGGACAUUUUGGACUUUCAUGUCCUGUAUAUGCAACAUUACCAGUUUUGAAUAUGGGAAGAAUGUGUUUAUACGAUGUUUUUCAAUCAAAAAUAAAUGAGUCGGAUUUUGAUACCUUUGAUUUAAAUACUGUUGAUACUGCGUUUGACCAAAUCACCACGUUAAAAUAUUCACAACCUUGUUCAUUGGGAAAGUAUAAAAGCAUCACGAUUACAGCAUAUGCUGCAGGACAUACAAUAGGUGGUACAAUAUGGAAGAUAAAGAAAGAUGCAGAAGAGAUCGUGUACGCUGUUGACUAUAAUCACAAGAAGGAAAGACAUCUAGAUGGUACCGUCUUGCAUAAAGAUGGUGUUGUUCUUGAUGCUUUGAGUCGACCUACUUUGAUGAUAACAGACACGUACAAUUCUCUUAUAAGUCAUCCUGCAAGGAAACAUCGUGAUGCUGCUUUGUUCGAAACAAUAAAGACAACAUUGCAAGACAAUGGAUCUGUGUUAUUACCGACAGAUUCAUCUGCAAGAGUAUUAGAAUUGGCGUAUUUAUUAGAUCAACAUUGGACAUACAAUCAAUUUACAUAUCCUUUGAUAUUCUUGAGCUAUCAAAGUUAUAACACAAUACAAUAUGCAAAAAGUAUGUUGGAAUGGAUGAGCGACGCUAUCAAUAGACAAUUCGAUGAAAAGAGAGAAAAUCCUUUUGAAUUUAGAUACCUUCGGUUGUGCACGCGUUACAAAGAAUUAGCAAAAUAUCCAGAACCUAAAGUUGUCAUUGCAAGCAAUGUUAGUUUAGAAUCAGGAUAUGCUAGAGAUCUAUUUUUAGAAUGGGGAACCUCGCCAGAGAAUGCAGUUAUAUUAACCGAUCGAGGUCCACCGUACUCUCUGGCAAGAGAAUUAUAUUAUGAAUGGGUAAAUAAAAGCGAGGAGGAUAAUACUAAUUCUCCUGUGAAACCUGCUAUUGCAUUAGAUCUCAUAAAGUCUCUUGAGAUUAGAAAAAAAGUUCCAUUAGAAGGUCAGGAGCUUAUAGAUUAUAAAAACGAACAACGUAAAAAAAAUGAACGUGAAGCAGCACAGGCAGCCCUCAUUGCUAAAUCGCUUUCUAUCAUUGAGGAAGAUGAAUCUGAUAGAUCAGAAAGCGAGCUUGGUGAUAAUGAUAUAGAAGAAUUACUUGCCACUCAAUUUGAUCUAUAUGUUAGAGAUGCAACUAAACUCGGAGGUUUUUUUAAACAAACUCAAAGUUAUUUAAUGUUUCCAUAUAUUGAAAAGAGGAAAAGAUAUGAUGAGUACGGCGAAAUCAUUCAGGCGGAUCAAUUCAGGAAUAAAGGGAUUGAAGGAUUAGGGCAUGUAAUUGAUGGUGAAAGUGGUGAUAGGAUGGAAGAUGAUAAUAUUGACGACUCCGAUAAAGCAGAUCAAUCAACUGCCGAUUCAAAUGUACCAACAAAAUAUGUAUAUUAUGAUGAAAAUAUACAUUUUCAAUGUCAAUUAAGGUAUAUUGAUUUGGAAGGUACAAAUGACGGUCGAUCAUUGAAAACAAUUGUACCUCAAGUACAGCCAAGAAAAUUAAUAGUCGUCCACGCGUCACCUGAAGCAACUCAUGAUUUUGCUUCGAGCUGUCUAGCUCUUCAAUCGAUGACACGCGACAUAUAUACACCUGAUGUUGGAGAGUUAUUAAAUGUAUCUGAAGCCAUUAAUUUUUAUCAGGUUAAACUAACUGAUUCUUUGGUUAGCUCGUUGAGACUUUCAAAGUUGGAAGAUUACGAUAUUUCAUUCGUAUCUGGAAAAAUACAUCUUCCUCCAGAUUCAUCAUUUCCCAUACUUGAUGUAAUGCCAAUUGAAGAAUACGCCGCUAGCGAUAAUCCGGUAUUUGUUGGCGAAAUUAAACUUACAGAAUUGAAACGAGUACUGCAAUUAGAGGGAAUUAUUGCAGAAUUUAAAGGCGAAGGCGUUUUGGUUUGUAACGAGAAAGUUGCCAUUAGAAAGACACCGACCGGUCAAUUAACCUUGGAAGGUUCCUUAUCAGACGAUUAUUUUAAAAUACGUUCGAUAAUAUAUGGCCAGCAUGCCAUUUUAUAACAUUAUAAUGUUAGAUUUUAAAAUAAAUUAUUUAAAUAAUAAUAAUAAAUUAAUAUGAGCGAUUUGAGACACUUUUAUUUUUUAUGAAAAAAAAAUCAGUUAGCUUUC